GCCCAGCCUGGAGCCUGCGGGAGCCGGAGGGGAUGCCCGGGCUUUUCUCCAGGAGGCUCCCGCCUACCCCGGGGCGGGGCCCGGGCUCCUAGCGGCAGAGCCACAGCCCAAACAGUUUCCUGCGCGAAGGAGGAAGAGGGAAGGAAGGCGCUGAGGAUCACACACACCCAGCCCAGCUGCCGGCUUCUCCACCACCCGGUAGACUACGCGGGCCUACGCGGACCGCUGCACUCAGCAUCCGCUGCGAACCCCUUAAAUCAGGGCAGCCCGCACUCGCUGGUCCCCAAAGAUGGAGAUCCCAGCCACCCACUAUGCCGCCUCCAGGGCCGCCUCGGUGGCGGAGAACUGCAUCAACUACCAGCAGGGGACCCCGCACAAGGUGUUCCAGGUGCAGACCGUCCAGCAGGCCAGCAAGGAGGAUAUUCCAGGAAGAGGGCACAAGUAUCACCUUAAAUUUUCCGUGGAAGAAAUUAUCCAAAAACAAGUCACAGUGAACUGCACAGCGGAAGUCCUUUACCCGCAGACGGGACAAGGGGCUGCACCGGAGGUCAACUUCACGUUUGACGGAGAAAUCGGCAAGAACCCGGAUGAAGAAGAUAACACAUUUUAUCAAAGGCUUAUGUCUAUGAAGGAACCACUACAAGCACAAAACAUUCCAGACAGUUCUGGAAAUGUGUCUCCACAAAUGAAGCCAGUUCGCCACUUAGCCUGGGUCGCCUGUGGUUACAUUAUGUGGCAGAAUUCGACUGAAGACACAUGGUAUAAGAUGGCACAGAUCCAAACGGUCAAGCAAGUGCCAAGAAACGAUGACUUCAUUGAAUUAGACUAUACCAUUCUACUCCAUGACAUUGCGUCACAGGAGAUCAUUCCCUGGCAGAUGCAAGUGUUGUGGCACCCACAGUACGGUACCAAAGUCAAGCACAACAGCCGCCUCCCGAAGGACCUGGGAGCGGAGUAAACAAAGCCCCUGUCACCCGGAUGAGAUGGAAACGCUCCUAAUGAUGCGGAUGGCUGUCCUCACUGGCACCUGGCCUAACACCAAAUGAAUCCCACGGAGUCUCUCUGUUUGUCUUAGCUACAGCACCGAGCUGCAUAGAUUCCAUAAUGCAGAGUAUUACUACGUAAAAAUGUCUCUCCAAGAGUAACAAUACUGUGUGUAUCCCCGAAUAAAAAGUCCGCUUCAGUCUC